AUGGCAUCCCUGAAUCUCUCCACAAACGGCCCCUCCAUAUCGAAAAGCUACCAGUCGGUAGUUAAUGCAACUCUCCCGACAGGCAGCGGAGCCUCGCCCACGUACGGCCACUGGGCCGUCUUUUCUGUUUCUACUCCUCUAGUAAACGCCUUCCAGCCAGAUGCGGGUAACAAGGAGAGCGUGCUGAAGGUCCAAAGCUCUGGAGAGGGUGAGUUAGAUGACCUGAUUGAGGAAUUCUCCGAGGGUCGUGUACAGUUCGCCUACGUGAAGGUGACAGAUCCCAACACGGGACUGCCCAAGAACGUCCUGAUUGCCUGGUGUGGUGAUGGUGUGCCCGAGCGCACAAAGGGCUACUUCACCAGUCACCUGGCGACCGUCUCCAAGUUUCUUCAUGGAUACCACGUCCAGGUCACAGGACGUGCGGAUGGUGAUCUCACUCCCGCUGGUAUCGUGCAGAGAGUCGCAGACUCCUCGGGCGCUAAAUACUCCUCCUCCGAACCUCAGAAUCCAGUGGCUUCAUCGGCAUCCACUGGAUCUCGGCCUCCCGUGGCCAGCAAGCCAGUCUUCACUCCAUCUCGCUCUCGCGGCAUUGUCCCAACCCCUAGCGCACGCGCUGUCCCCUCAGCCUCAUCUACCAAAGUCGACGAUGACGGAUGGGGCGAGGAUGCGCCUCCUGUGACUCGUACUCAGCUCGAGAAAGUGCAGCCCGCAUAUCAGCCCACCCGAGUCAAUCUGCAGCAAUUGAAGUCGGAGAAUCAGGUACCCACCCGGCAGAUGCCGGCGCCCGCGCCACAGGAACGAGAGGACGUGGUGAAGGGUGGUUAUCAACCCAUCGGCAAAGUCGACAUUGCGGCAAUCCGGAAGCAAGCGGCGGAGUCGGGUCAGCUCAAGGACGACAGACCGGCUCCCGUGAAGGGCUCAUACGAGCCCAUUGGCAAGGUUGACAUUGCGGCCAUUCGUGCGAGAGCGCAAAAGCCCGAGGAGAGCGCCGAGGUCGCUCCCCCUCCUCCUGCCAAUGUGUCCAGUUCAGUGACCCGCAAUGAGCCCUCUAUGUCGUCCGAGCGGACCAUUCCCGUCUCGACAGCAGGACGCCUCACAGAUCUGCCCAAGCCCAAGGUGGCCAACAAGUUCGGUUCAGGUCCUGCUUUCCCAGGCACAAAGCCGCCAUUGCCCGUUGGACUGGGCAGCUCAUCCGCCAAUGCGCCGGUUCAAGUCGGUGCGGCCAGUCGUACCUUUGCCGACAAGGAUGGCAAGACUCCCGCCCAGCUCUGGGCGGAGCGUAAGGCACGGGAACGUGGUGAAGCUGCACCGGCCGCCAAGCCUUCGCCGCAGCCCCUGCAAAGUCAGACCAGUGGCCAAGGCGAAUGGAAGAGCUCCUACACCGGAAAGUCUUGGGCUGCAGUCAAGACCGUUCAGGACACGCCUGUCUCGCAAGCCGCCGAUGUCUCUUCGUCCGAGCCUGCUACUCAGGAACCUGAACCAUCCCCAGCUCCCCACGUGCAGGAUAUCCGCAGUCAAUUCGCGCAAGACUCUGCGCCCUCUGUUCCUCAGGCCAAUCGCCCAGUUCCCCUGCCGGGCCUGACCGCACAACCCAGUGAGCCAGAGCGUGAGGUGGAACACGAGCCGGAGGCGCACCAAGACGAACCUGCCGCGUUCCCCUACUCCCCCUACUCCCCCGCGAUUCGGGAAAGCUCUCCAAUCCGUGUAGCGAUGCCUGUGAGCAACAGCGGCGUGGCUGAUGCUCAUGAGGAACAGCAAUCUCCUCCUCCCGCGAUGCCUAUUCGCAGCCUCCAGGAAGCUAUUCCUGACGAGAGGGAGCUGGAAGACGAUACCCACCAUGAUCUGGGUCGAGCUGCAGCCGAAGCUGUGGCAGACACCUCCGCUCCGGGUCAGGGGGCUCCUGACAUUCGAGCCAUUGUCCAGUUCGAUUAUGAGAAAGCAGAGGACAACGAAGUUGAGCUGCGCGAAGGCGAGCAAGUCACUGAUAUCGAGAUGGUGGAUCAGGACUGGUGGUUGGGAGUCAACUCCCGUGGUGAACGGGGUCUGUUCCCAGCCAACUACGUUGAAGUCAUCGAGGGAGACGAACCCGAUCAGGCACAGGUUGCUCACUCUACCUCUCAAUAUGCUCACGAGCCUGAGGAUGCACAGGAGCCCGAGCCUGAGCCCGCGUCCGCGCCUGUGCCUGUGCCUGCGCCUGCGUCUACUGCUGCAUCAUCUGACCAUCCGACUGCCACUGCCUUGUAUGACUACGAGGCUGCGGAGGAUAACGAGCUGAGCUUCCCCGAGGGAGCGAAAAUUACCAAUGUGGAAUUCCCUGAUGAUGACUGGUGGCUUGGAGAGUACAAGGGAGCUCGCGGACUGUUCCCUGCUAACUAUGUUGAGCUGAACCAAUAG